UACUUGUCUGCAUAGGUGCCAACAAACUUGAGUUAGGAAGAUGGAGAAACAAAGCAGCUUUAAUCUGGGCCUUCAUAAAGACAACUCAUCAAAAACUGGAGCAACAAGUUCAACAAUUGCUGCAGCUUCUCUCAUUCCUCCCGGCAAAAUGUACCAUCAGAUAUUUGAGACUCAGCUGUCCAAAACUCCACAGGAAGCACAGACAUCAUCCUGCCCAUUACUGACCUCCAGGACUGGAAUGAUCACUGAAAAGAGCAUCACUCAGCUACAGACUCACACAAAACCUGACUCACAUGUCAUAGGUCACCAGAUUCAGUUUUUGGGGCCCACGCAGGAGAUAAAUCAGAGUCUAUGUCUACCUAAAAUUGUUGCAACAACUUCAAUGACUGCCGCACCUUCUUUCGUUCCCCCUGGAAAAACAUACCAUCAGAUGUUUGAAGCCCAGGCUCAGCUGUCCAAAAGUGUGCUGGAAGCACGGACUACACGGCACCCAGCGCUGACUUCCUGGAAUGGCAUGGUCUCUCGACAAACCAUCAUUCAGAUGCAGACUCAGGUCAAACCCGAUUCACAAGGAACUGGUCACUGGACUCAGCUGCCUGGACUCCCACAGGAGAUUAAUGAUGUUCUGUGCCUCCCUGACAUUGUUGUGGCCCAGAGCUCGACAUCUGACAUCUGUGAGAGAAUAACUAAGAAAAUGGAGAGCAAACACAUGCAAGCGAUGGAAGAGCUAGAAAGUCUCCUCGUUGCCCUUAGCGCGAAAUACACACAACUCAUCCAGGAGACAGGAGAGCGGUUCUUACAUGAAAUGUCACAGUAUGAUGCUAACAUGGACAGGAUGAUGCAGAGGCUUGAUGACAUCUCGGAGAUGGAGAGGUUUACGUACCAGGAGAUCCAUGAUUUGUGGGACUGUGUGAAUGAGGAGUUAGAGAAGAAGAAGAAGUUGACAACGGAGUUGGGUGAAAACCUGAAUCAGUUUGUCUCGAAGAGAACACCCAUGAUUUCGGAGGUACUGAAGAAAUGCAAAAAAUCUCUCGAGGAAAUUGGUUACAUGAUGCCCUCUGACAUCCAGAAGUUGUUAGAGAACAAGGCCAUGAUGAUAAAUCUGGAAAUUCUGGCCAGCCAGCGGGCUGUCACUAACCUCAUUCACAACCUGAAGGAGAAGGAUCUGCAGAAGGGGCUCUUCCUCAGGUUCCUUUGGGAGAACAAGCUGCAGGACUGGACCUACAACAAGGUUCAGGCCUUGGUGGACAGGUUCAAGCAGUUCAUGAGCAGCUCACACAUCCAGCAGCCUGAGGAGGUUCAAGCCACACUGGAGAGCAUGCGGGCAGAGCAGAGGAGUUUUGGCGAGACAUGCAGGACAAUCCUGCACGGCCUCAGUUCCUCCGUACCCCCAGAGUGCUCAAAAACAGUUAUUACCCAGUGGUAUUCUUCCCUGUCGUCUGCCAAUGAACAGAUUGGUGAGUUUGACACUGACUAUUAUGACUAUCCUUUGUAUAAAGUCUAGAUU